CUCUUCCGCCUUGUCGUGUUUACAUGAGAAGUUAGCUAAAGAAGGUGGGCUAACGUUACAUUGCUUCAACUAAAUUAUAGGCAGUGGUCAGUUUAGUGUUUUCUGAAGAUGACGGACCAGAAAGCAAAGAAUAUUAGUUCCAUCCCCAUCGACGGAUUCAGUAAUUUAAGAAUAACGUCAAUAUGGACAUUUCUCAUGUCUGUGCAGUGGUCGGAGCCUUGGAUUAUCGGGUUGUUGGUGUUUCAUAUUGUGUGUUUGGGCCUGACUGUGAUAACCUGCCGAUACUACCGAGCUCAGAUCUGCCACUUCCUGCUAAUGGUUGGCCUGGUGUAUGGUGCUGAAUAUCUGAAUGAACUGGCUGCCAUGAAAUGGAGGUCCUUUUCUAACUUUCAGUACUUUGAUUCCAAGGGUAUGUUCAUAUCCUUGGUCUACUCAGUUCCUCUUCUGCUCAACACUGUCAUCAUUGUGAUGGUGUGGGUGUACAGGACCUUUUCCACUAUGACUGAGCUGAAGACCCUUCAGUUGAAACAAAAGGCUCGCAGAAAGAAGAAUGACUGAUCCCUCUGUUCAUUAAAAUCCAUUAAAGGGCUUUACUGAGAGGAACUUUUGCUAGUCCUGAAUUUUGGAGACAGAAGGUAGAUUCCUUCUUGUGACCAUGAAAAGGAUCGUAAGUCUGAGGACUGGAUGUCUUUCUGUUAAGUUUUCUGGGAUGGUUCUGAUGAAUAUACUGUACAUUAUGAAAUUUUUAUGGACCAGGGGAUGUUAACUGUUUUGUAUUUAUUGUUUUAAAGUGUGCUAAAUUGUACAAAGAAGAUAAUGCAAGAUAAAGGCUUUUUGAAUUACA